AUGUUUAGCCGGGGCUGCGGGGUUCAUCACAUGGCGGGACGCACAAUAAGCCUGACGGUGAGCUGUCCGCCUGACCUGCAGUGCCGUAUGGGGCAGUAUGUGCUGCUGCAGUGUUUAGACGUCUCCCUUAUCGAGUGGCAUCCCUUUACUGUAGUCAAGGUUCCUACAACAUACCAAAGAAGCUUCAUUGUAUGGAUAAGAAUAAAAGGUGAUUGGACAGAAUCAUUAGAAAAAUUGUUGUUAGAGAGGAGGGCGAGUGAAUUAAGUGUACUGGUAGACGGACCGUUCUCAAGUCCUAUGGAGAGUGUCUGUCGAAAUGAUGUAGCCAUUUGCGUAGCCGCCGGAGUAGGAAUCACGCCUUUUGUAGCGGUGUUACACGAUCUCUUGCUGAAUCCACGCAAUCGCCUACCCGGCCGAAUACAUCUUCUCUGGAUAGUAAGAUACGAACAAGAACUCACAUGGCUCGCGUGCCUAGCGAACAAAACUUUAUUACAAUUACGAAACGCAAACCGCCCAGAUAGACUGCACAUAGAAUUUUACGUUACCAACACCCAAAAUGAACUUAAGAACAAUACUAAUAAAGAAAUCAAUCCUGUAGCACACAUGGUUGUGAUUAACGAGAAAGGUCUGAGUCAUGUUUUAAAUAGAGAUAAGGAUGACGAGAAAGUAACUUUAUUAACUCCGAAUCUUAAAAGAAGUGCUACGGGUGAGAAAUCUGGAAGAACUGAAGACAAUAAUUAUAAUAUAGCGAAAGAAUAUCCUUUGAUUGGCUGUCGAGUUAGAAGAGGAAGGCCGCAUUGGGAUAGAGUUUUUGGAUAUUGGGUGCAUUUAUAUCCUGAGAAUCAUCUUAAUUUAUAUUGCUGUGGACCAAAGAAAUUAGUAAAAUUAUUGAGAAGCAACUGUAAAAAUGCUUCAAAGACUAGUAAAACUAAGUUUACAUUUGUACACGAAGGUUUCUCUUGAUCAGUGAUAUUGUAAUUAUUCAUUGAAUACAAUGCAUUUACUAAGAAUAGAGUUGUUUUUAAAUCCACACCCUUUUUAAA